GUGCGGGACAAGAAGACCGGCAAGUCCAAGGGCUUCUGCUUCCUGUGCUAUGAGGACCAGAGGAGCACCGUCCUGGCUGUGGAUAACUUCAAUGGCAUCAAGAUCAAGGGCCGGACCAUCCGCGUGGACCAUGUGGCCAACUACCGGCCCCCCAAGGAGUCCGAGGACUGGGAUGAGGUGACCAGAGCCCUCCAUGCCAAGGGCUGCGGCGUCAAAACGCCACCUCACACCUCGUCCGACUCCCCGUCUGAGGAUGAGGAUGUGCCCGUGAAGAAGCAGAAAGUUCCAGAGAAGCAGCGGAGCAGAGCAGAGCGGUCAAAGUCGAGCCCACAAGCUGGGAAGCGGGUGAGCACGGAGGAGCCCCAUCCCAGGAUCAGGAUCAAGAAGGAGAAGGAGGACCCCGGGUACGAGCGCUACGCUGGCGGGAGCGGCGACAGGAACGCCGGCAGCAGGACGCAGCGGGACGAGGAGCAGCGGCGGCACCAGCGGCACUCGGACAGGAGGGGGGACAAGAACUGCCACCAGCAGAGGGGCCACAGCGGCUCCUGGGAGGUGCGGGAGAAGAGGGACGAGGCUGGCAGGAGGGGAGACGGGCACAGCAGUCGGCAAGACGCGUCCCCCAGGGGCAGCAAGUCCCGGGAGCCGCACUCCAGGCACAGGGAGCGGGGCUCUGGCAGAGACUCCGGCCGCUGCUGAGCCCUUUGGGGUGAGAGAGGCCCUGGGCCUGCACAAACCCGCUCCGAGCUCCUGGGAUGCCACGGCUGGACCUUUCACCUGGGAGCUUCCCCUUGCCUCUCAUCCCAGCCUGGGCCAGGGCUCUCCACACUGCCCGUGCUGCUGGAUGGGACAGGGGUUUGUCCUUUGACCAGGGAGGGUGUCAAGUGGAGAAGGCUGGGAGCAGCAGGAUGCUCCCCUUCCCUGAAUCCCUGGGGUGGUGUCCUCCUCUUGCACUGGGGGCAGAGGCUGCUGGGUGUCUUGUCUGGCCUCCUGGGCCAGGUUUGGGCCCUGUGCCCACCCAGCAUCUUCUGGAUUCCAUGAUGCAUCCACUAGGCUCCACCGCUGUGUCGGGGUGAUUUAUCACGGAUUUGUUUAAAAGUUUUUUAAUAAAAGUUCCUGUGGCGGGAGCAGUGUACCUGUC